AUGGAAGAACAAUCAAUAAAUAGUAAAAGAAAAGACCAUUUUCGUGAAAGUCAAGUAAUUCCUACAAGAAGAAGAGAAUUUAUUAUUAAUGGAAAUAAAAUUAUUUAUGCUAGUCUUGAUGCAUUAAUUGGAUUUAUUUGUGAACCGUGUUCUGAUAUAGCUACAAGAGAAGCAUUUAUUUAUACCUUUCGAUGUUAUGCUGAUCAAAAUAUGGUUUUAAAUCGUUUUUUGGAAUUAUACCAAAAACACAAAGAUCAAAGAAAUGUUAUUAUUAAUAAUAUGAUUCAAUUUAUGACUAAAGUAAUGAUUACUUCAGAUAAAGAAACUAUUUCUUUAGUUAAAAACAUUAUCCAAUUACAUCGUUCAAUUGACUCUAAUGCAGCUGAUUAUUUAGAACUAUUACUUACAAAAACUCAAACAAAAAUUAUUUUACCACCAACUACUGCUGAUGUAACAUUAAAUCAAAUGAUAUUUACUGAUAAUCUUGUUAAAACAAAUUCUGUUUCUCGUCCUUUAAUAUCAAUGAAUUCAAUACAUUUUGAUAAUGAAGUAUCUAGCCCUUCAUCUAUCAUUAGUUCUAAUACCAUUUCUCCACACCUCAAAUCAUCUCGUAAAAAAGUUUCAUUCUUUAUUGGUAAAAAAACUUCUAAACCCACUGAGCCUUCUAUUAUAAAUAUAGAACCAUCUACUAAAGUUAAUGAGGUAAUAGAAAAUAAUAAACAAAAUGAAGAUAUUAACAUUGAACAAGUUCAAAAUGAAAUAGUAAUUAAUGAAGAAAAUCAACAAGUAUUAAAAGAAAUUGAAUUCAAUUUCCUUAAUAUACCUGCUAUAGUCUUUGCUAAACAAGUUACAUUGAUUGAAUAUGAUCUUUUUAUGAAAAUUCAUAUUAGUGAGUUAUAUUCAUGGAAUAACUCUAAUAGAGAGAAUACAGCUUCUAAUAUAAUCAAAUUUUUACAACAUCAUAAUAAGAUGGAACAUUGGUAUGUUCAACUUAUUCUUUUGGCUCCUCAAAAUCAAAGACUUGGGAUAUUAAAAAGGAUUAUUGAAGUAGGAAUUAGAAUGAAUGACCUUAAUAAUUGGAACGGAUUAGUUGAAAUUGCCACUGCAUUAGACUCGUUCCCUAUUUAUAGAUUAGAACAUCUCUUUUUACAACUUAAUGAUAAUGACAAGGAAAAUUUCAGACAAAUUAAAUCAUAUGGAAGUAUUGAUUCAUUGUUAAUGAAUGAUUCAAAUAUGAUACCUGGUGCAUGUAUUCCUUAUGUUAAUACAUAUCUUAGAAAAAUAGUUGAAAUUAAUAAAAACGCACAACCAUCUAUUCAAUCUGGAGGUUUUGUAUUAAUUAAUGUAGAAAAGUGUAGACAAUUAGCACAUUAUAUAGUUGAUUGGGUACAAUGUCAAAAAUAUCCUUAUUUAUUUGGACAUAACCAAGCAAUGCAAGAAUGGAUUGAAUCUAUUUUAUUUAAAAUUAAUUGUAAUGAAGAUAAUGAAUACCAACUGAGUAUUCAAAUAGAAAAAGAACAUCGUAAAACAAUGAUUUUUAAUAAUGAACUUCAUUUAUUAAAAUAUAAUACUAAUUGUAUUUAUACUCAUCCACAAAUUAUACCAUGUAAUACUAAUAUGUUGGUAAGUGAUUUUCUUAAAUUUAAUUAUGCAGAUGGAAUUUUUAUGCUCUCGCCUAACCCAAAACAACCUAAUGGGCAAAUUAUCAAUAUUUCAGAAACAAUAGGAAAGGUCUUUCAAACAACAAAAGAUUUAAGAAAUGAAGAUACUAUUUUUUCUCUUGUUAAAGAUAUAACUCAAGUAAAGGUAUGGUGUUUUGAAUAUCAUAACCAUAAAGAUACUAUUCAUUAUAGUACUUUAUGUCUUGACACUACACAACCAGUUAUUCAAAAUAUUAUUAUUAUUAAACAAUUUUAUGAAAUAGAAGAUAUGCAAGAAGAUGAAUUUUAUGAAGAGAAAUAUGCUAUUUUGUACCGAAAUUCAAACAAAGAGAGAUUCAAUUUUCUUUCUCCAUUUGCUAAGAAUGUAAUGAAAACUGAUGGUGAGUUAGUAUUAAUACCAAGUAGAUUCAUGCAACCUUCAUUAAAUCAAAUGGAAGUAGGGGUCAAAUCACAAAUAGUGUAUAUGAAUGAGGUAGAAUGUUUCAGUUCAUUUGUUAAUGUUCAACUAAGGAGUUAUAAAAUGAUAAUACGUGAAGGAUUUUUAUUCUUUUAUUCUUCGAAAGAAACAUUUGUUGUUGCACUAGGAUAUUACAAAAUUAAACUCUAUUAUGACGCAACAAAAGAUAAAGCAAUGGUUUUAUUAGUAGAGUCAACUGACUCCAAAGAAAAUCCCAUUAUUGUUAUGGUGCCUGAAUGUCAAAACCUUUUAUCUGGUUGUAUUAAAUUAUCUAAUCAAAUUGCACAAUUUUGUACUGCCUCAAUUAAAACACAUUGUUUUGGAGUUGAUUCAGACAAAUUAAUAUCAAACCCAAUUCCACAACCAUAUGAAGUGUUAAUGAAUUCAGUAUUUACUUCUGAUAAUUUAACACUUAAUAAGGAUUUCUUUAAUUUAAACGUUCAACCUAAACGAUGGAUAGAAGCAAUGUACUGUCUUGAAGAUGGAAUCACUUCCUCUGAGCCAGUUGUUAAUUCACAACUAUUAUUACUUUUACUAAAACUGCAUCCAACUCCAUUUAUUCCUAUAACAUUUCAUUCUCAAAUUAAAGAAAAAUAUAAAAAAUUUCAUGAAAUAGAAAUGAGUGGUAAUGAAAAUGAUAUCAUAGAAGCAAAAAAAGAUAAAGAAACAUAUAUGAAAAGAGUAUUAUCAACUAUGAGUUAUAAUAAACAAGUUAUUAUUAUUGGUAUGUGUAAAAUAUUCGAUAUUUGGGCUGAUGGUAAAGUUAGUCGAUUAGAAAGUAUUAAAAAUAUUGUUGAUAAUGCACUAAUUAAAGAUCAUAUUGAAGGUGUUGAAAUUAUUCAUGACAUAGCUCACUUAAACACUACGAUCAAUAAAAUAGAUAAUCUCCAAACAGAAUGUCAAUGGCAAGUAUCUAUAUUUAACAAUACACAAAGAAUAGUUCUUGAUGAAUUACUUGGAGUUUUACAACAUUCUAUGACAAAUAAUUCAAUAACAUCAAUGAAAGUAAACAAAACUGAUAAAUUUGAAUUAUUACAUUCUAAUAUCCUUAUGCUAAAAGAUGAUAAACUUUGGAAAGAGAGUAUUGCAAAUAUCAUUUUAAAGGGUGGUUUUGAUAACCAACCAAUAGAUGAUGUUAGUAAAGAAAUGACUGUAGAACUGAGUGUUGUAGCAGAUUAUGAUUCUUUUAAAGCAUUUGCUUUAAACCUUGAAUGUAGAAAUAAUUCCAAGUUAAACUAUAUUAGUCUGACUCAAAAACACUUAACUAGUAAAUCAGCUCUUUUAAAAGAAACAAGAAAGAGAUACACAAUGUCUUCUGACCAACCUAGUUUUUUGAGGUUGUUAUUAAAUAGAAGAAACCAAGUGAUGGUCUAUCCAUAA